AUGCAAACGGACGACGCCCAUCUCAACACAGACGGUGCGACAGAAAGUGGACCAACCUCUCGCAACCACCCGCAACUCAUCCCCAACAUCCUCAACCUGUUCUCGCCGGCUCUUUGCAUCGCUCGCCGGCUCCACCGUGACUCAACCACCUCCGCAGCAUCCACCGCCCGCCGCAGCCAAUACCUAGAUCUCUACGUCAGCUCGGACCCCACUGGAAGGGGAGAGGCGACGCAGCAACAGCACCAGAGCUCUGCAGUCCGGCCUGGCUCAGCACAGUAUUCGAGACAGCCGCCUCUGCCGCGACUGUCCGGUGGAGGUGGGAGACGACAGAUGAGGCCUUCGCACGGCAGCCUCGCGCCAACUACCCUCACACGAUCGUAUCUACAACCCCAGCAGACGGCCUUGGCGGAAGCGGAAAACAUCGAGUGGGGUCCUGCGACGAUGCAUAUACCGAACGCUAGGCCGGUGCGGAUAAGUGCCAAUGUCGGCUCGACCGGCAAGGGCAUUCUGAUUGGGAUGCUGUCGGCCUUUGGAUCGGCCGCGCUCAUUGCAAUUAUACUCGCCGUUGUCUACUUCUUCCGCUAUACACAGCAGGGACGCAUCUUCUUAGACCGGAUAGGGAGGCCGGGUGAGUACGAUGAUGAACAGCAGUUUGCGAAGGAGGAGGCGGAGGCGUUGGAGGAGAUGGACGACAUCCAGCGCAUGGAAUAUCUCAGAGCUAAAGCAUACGUUCAAGCGAAUCCGCCCGAAUCCGUUCAAACCGAUAUAUCAUUGUCGCAAUUCCUUGCAAUACAAGAAAAGGGUGUUUCUGCUUGGGAAUUUGAACCGGAGCUCGAGAUCGCCAAUUGCUUUGUGGAGGGCCGGACCGAGAUCGAGUUCUUUGACUCCGAGUGCAGCGUGCAGAGCAACCUGCCAGUGCCGAAGCAAAACGAGGUGUACUAUUGGGAAGCAAAAAUAUACGACAAGCCGGAAUCGACACUCAUAAGCAUUGGCAUGACCACCAAGCCGUAUCCACUGUUCAGACUGCCUGGCUAUCACAAAUAUUCCGUAGCUUAUACCUCCACCGGCUCACGGCGGUACAACCAACCUUUCACACCCACUUCCUACGGUCCGGAGUACGUGCAGGGUGAUGUAAUUGGCGUCGGCUACCGCCCUAGAACCGGAACAAUUUUCUUCACACGCAACGGAAAGAAGCUGGAAGAUGUUGCACAUGGCCUCAAGGCACAAAACUUCUUCCCGACCAUCGGAGCCAAUGGUCCCUGCCAGGUGCACGUCAACUUCGGCCAGAUGGGCUUCGUCUUCAUCGAAGCGAACGUCAAGAAGUGGGGCUUAGCGCCGAUGACCGGCUCACUAGCACCUCCGCCGCCAUAUGGCAGUGAGCAAGGGAGCAUAUUGCUAGAAGGAGGUCGCGACGGCGUGAGGGAAGGCAUGGGUGGAUACAUGGCUGCGGGCCUGCACGGCCAUACGAGGAGCAACAGCCAGCAAGUCAGGCUGGGACGACAACAGCCACGGAGUCCGGGACCUCAGCGAUCGCCGACAGAUAUCUCUCUCGCACAGCUCAGCCUAAUUGACUCACAGGAUUCGGAUGCCGGCGAGGGGACAAGCUUCGACGCGACACACGAGAUCGCGGAGCAUCCGGGCCAUCCCGGUCUCGAUUUCCAACCGUCGGACGUGCCGCCACCGGAGUAUGAAAGUCCAGAGGGCACGCCGGCACAGGAGCGGCGGCGGAGAUUGGGAGACGAAGCGGACGAGAGAAGGCCUCUCAUAGGCCACAGGGCGGAUGAGCCGCCCAUACCGAGCUACGACGCGGCGGUCGCGGAUUCGCACUUAGGGAGUUUCACGCGAUCUCCUUCCUCAAGGGUUCCACUACGAACGAGCUACCGACUCGGUGACACCAGACAGUUCCGACUAAUCUCUGCCUCGUCACAGCACUUCAACAAAGCCCUAUCCAGGUCGGGCGAGAUCCAACAAUUAUACCAAGGACAUACCAGAAACCGCGGGGAGGCAGCCCCGAGUAGCGAGAAAGAGUCAUCCGCGAGCAACGCCGCACUGAGAACCCGUAUCAGUUCAGCUCCUUCACCGGCGCUCGAGCAAAAAAAGCCCUCGCAUCGCAUCCGGACCUACAAGAAGAAGGACCGCACAGCUCCCUAUCUCAUCAAACCGCCGAGCUCUGCUCAUACGCAACAUUCAGCCUACAAAACACAUCUCCUAAUCAAGCCAUGCGGUAGCACGCCCACAAAGAAGCCUGUAGUGGAAUCGAAGUGGGUGUCCAAGACAGGGGGGGCAAGAAUGAAGUCCCACGUUCAGAUCCUCACGACGCCUACGGCAGACACGCCCGGCACAAUCCUCCUCCUACACUUCGACCAGAAGCGCUACCUCAUUGGCAACAUGUGCGAGGGCACGCAAAGAGCAUGUGUACAAUCUGGCGCGCGGCUGCAGAAGUGCCAGGAGAUCUUCAUGACCGGGAAGACGGAAUGGGCGUAUACCGGAGGCCUGAUAGGCAUGAUCUUGACACUGGCUGAUUCGCUCAAGUCGGCCGUUAUGUCGCAAGCCGAGAACAGGGCGAAGAAGAAUGCAAGGAAGUCGUUCAACGCGCCACCUACAACCGGCGAGCAGGAGAGUACGAGGCUGACUUUGUUCGGAGCACCCAAUUUGAACCAUACGUUGGCUACCGCGCGGAGGUUUGUAUUCAGAAAGGGCAUGCCAGUUGAGGUGAAGGAGCAGAGAGGUGCCGACAACGUUAGCCAUGAUGGUUCAGCAAUGCUCCCCACCUGGUCCGAUGAGAACAUACUGGUUUGGGCCAUGCCUGUAGUGCCGGUUGAUAACAGUAGAGUUCACUCUCCAAAUGGUACAUUGUCACCACGAAAACGGAGCUUCGCUGAGUCGGAGGGUUUCGAGCCUCCAACCCCUCCGAUUCGUCCUGAAAAGUACAGCCAAGAAGAACAUGACCAAAUAGUCCAAGGAGUAGUUUCACACAUGUUUGACUCGAACUGGCGUCUUGAUGCGCUUGUUGAGAUGCCCCUAUCUCACGUCCGGCUACCCGCAACCAUCUUCGUCCGCGAUCCGGACACCAAGCAGAUACGGAAGUACUCAGGUCCUUUACCGAGUAAAACGAACGAGGUACCAGACAUCCCUGUAUUAGUGAGGACGCCGUGGCCUGGUGCUUCCGUUAAGACUCUGCCGCCAACUAAGCCGGCAGAAGAAGCUGUUUCCUACAUCAUUCGCAACCACACUCAACGAGGCCGGUUUGAUCCAGAGAAAGCAAAGGCGCUCAAGAUUCCGAAGGGCGGGUGGUGGGCUAAACUCGCUGGAGGCCAAGAUGUCCAGAAUACGGACGGCGAGACCAUUACCCCUGGCAUGGUGUUGGGAGAGCCCGAACCAGGCAACGGCUUCGCGGUGGUAGAUUUGCCGUCCGCAGAUUAUGUAGAGCCGCUGCUCGCACGGAAGGAAUGGGCAUCGAAAGAGGUGAUGGAAGGUAUUGGUGCCAUUGUAUGGAUCCUUGCGCCCGGCGUUGCCUCACACCCCUCAAUGCGCAAGUUUCUGGUAGAGAGGAGCCACAUCAAGCAUAUCGUAUCCUCUAAAGAUCACUGCCCAAACUACCUCGCGAUGGACUCUGCGGCGUCCUCUAGUAUUCGGUUGGGUCAGAUUGACCCUCGGCGGCAUGAAAUUCCCUUCUUUGAUAAUGUGUCGGUACCGCAAGCAGGAUCUUCCACUCAAGGCAGUCGUGUUGAAGCGCUACCCGCAAAUGCCAUUGCAGCUCAAAGAGGGCAGAUUGUGCAGUUACAGCCUUCUUUUGAGCUUCAGCAACAUCAGGUUGUAUCCUUUGUGGACACCCUGGGGGUAUUGCAACAGACCUCCCCACAGCUACUGGAGCUUGCUCGGCAGGCGAGACAGGAUGUGGUGAACGACAAGCAAAGUCUCGAGGACUGGGCACGCACAAUCCCAAACUCAGAUGCUGAGAUCAUUGCACUAGGCACUGGAUCAGCAUUGCCAUCCAAGUAUCGGAACGUCUCCGCUACUCUGCUUCGAGUUCCCGGCGUUGGUUCCUACCUCUUCGACUGCGGCGAAAACACACUCGGACAGCUCAAGCGCGUAUACGCACCCUCCGAGCUACAGGAAGUCCUCAAAGACCUGCGCAUGAUCUGGAUAAGCCACAUGCACGCCGACCACCACCUCGGCACCGUAUCCGUCAUCAAAGCCUGGUAUGAAGCCGUGCACGCCUCAAAGCCCACCACCGUACCUAUCCACAUCGCCUUCCACAACUCGACCAUCUCGUCCCCCGACUCCCCUUCCAAGCCCCAGCACCUCGCCGUCGUCUCCGAUGUCGACAUGCUCGACUGGCUCGCCGAAUACAGCAACGUCGAAGACUACGGCUACAGCCGCAUCGCCUCCCUCGCCAUCUCGAGCGCCGUCUUCACGGCCGACGAAACUGUGCCUUCCAUGCUAGACUGGAGCCACACGUCCGCGCCCGCGACCGGAGUCUCGAGAUCCAAAUAUCCUGCGCUCCUCGGCCUCGAGGAUAUCCAGGCCGUCGCCGUGCACCACUGCAACGGCGCCAAGGCCGUCAGCCUCACGUUUCCGUCGGGGUUCAAGGCGAGCUAUAGCGGCGACUGUAGGCCCUCGCGAAGCUUCGCACGGAUUGGGAAGGGCACUACGGUCUUGAUCCAUGAAGCGACGUUCGACGAUGAGCUGGCGGGCGAUGCGGUCGCGAAGCAGCAUAGCACUACCUCUGAGGCGCUGGGCGUCGGCGCCGCGAUGGGCGCCAAGGCGGUCGUGUUGACGCACUUCUCGCAAAGGUAUCAGAAGAUCCCGGUCAUGGAGUUUGAUGGGGGGAGUGAGAUUGAGAAAAGCCUUGAGGACGACACCGUGGCGACUGAGGAAGAGGGGGGCGAUGCUAAGAUGACGGGCAUGAGUUCCGCGGACGGCCCUGCGCUGCCGCAGGACUCGUCGCAGGGCGGUGCGGCGGCGGUGGUCAGGGUGAAGAGUAGGGAUAUGAAGGUUUGUGUCGCUUUUGACUAUAUGCGGGUUAGGGUCGGGGAGAUUGCACAAUUGGAGAAGUUUACCCCGGCGCUGUUGGAGUUGUUUGCUGAGCCGGAGAAGAAGAAGGAUGCUGAGGCUGGGCAGGUGGAUAAGAAUAACGCGGCGGCUGCUCCGCUCACGGUCACGGCGUAA